AGACUAAACACUGAAGACUGAAGACUCCAUAGUAGACCAUAGUAGCACACACAACCAACCAACAACAAGUACAACAUAUAAAUUGUGCCAACUUUAAGCAUCUCUUGUGAUCAUUUUCAUAGUUUUUCUUUACGUUGCGGAUUUAAGUGCGGCUUUUUUUCGAAAGUGUUUCAAGUCCGAAAAAAGAACUGAGCACAGUAUCACAUAAAACUCAGUUUGAAGCAGCUGUCCUAAGGAAGAUGUUCAAGCUAGCGUUGUUCUGCCUGCUGGCAGUGGGCAGCCAGGCGAAUCCACUGCAGUCGGUUGUGGAGCCGGCCCAGCAUAUUGUGAUUGUGACACCACAGGCGCAGGUGCAUCUGGAGCCAGCGGUGCGUUAUGUCCAUGGAUUGUCGCCAUUGGCGCGUGUCUCGGGUCCGCAUCAUGAGGAGACCAUUGUCUACGUGCCCGCCGGCACAGCUGCCUCCGUAGUGCCCAAGGUGACCGAAGUGGUGGCCACUGGACGUGCCCAAAUUCCAUAUCAAUCAGUGGAGGGCAAACAACUGGAGGCCAUACAAAAUGCUCAGCAGCAGGCACAGGAAAAUAUUCAGGUUAUUGCUGGACAAUUCGGUGAGGCUGCAUCUCAGGCGGCUUCAGCUGGCGCUGGUUUCUUCCCCGGCUUCUUCCCCUCGCCCAGUGCCAAGGAUGAGCAGGAGAAGAACGAGAAGAUUGAACUGAUUGAGACGCCGGCGAAUACACAACCAUUGAUUGCAGCCGAAGCCCGUCACUUCUACAGUCUGCCACAUGUGUACAGCACUCCCGUUGUCACAUCGGUUCACACUCCGGUUUACACCUGGCCCAUCUCGGCCAUACGUGCGCGCAGCCUUCAAGACGAUGAUGCUCCGCUCCAGGCCAUCGAACCCAAACCCGAGGCAGCUCUUGAAGCAGCCUUAGCCGUUCCAGCUGCAGCUCUAGCUCCAGUUCCAGCUGCUGCUCCAGCUGCUGCUCCAGCUGCAGCGCCCGAGUUGCCCGAGGCUCAGCCUCUGCUCAAGGAGCAGAAGUUGCCAGAGUUGGCGGAGCAGCCAUUGGAGCAGCUGCCGGCACAGCCCAUUAUUCCGGCUGCCGCUGCCGAGGCACCUGAAUUGAAGGCUGAGAUUGCUGCACGUCAGCUGGAGGAGAGCAAUGCCAUCAAACAGGAGCAGCCAAGCGCCGAGAUUCCCAAGGAAGUCCUUAAGCAAAUUAAGGAAUCAAUUAAGGAAUCCAUCAAAGAAGCCAUCCAGGAGGAACCCAAAGCCCUGCAGCAGGAGGAGCAACAACUGAAGGCCAUUCCAGAACCCGAGGCGCUUGCACCGAUUGCCGAGCCACAAGCACCACAAGCACCACAAGCACCACUGGCACCACUGGCAGCACUGGCACAGCCCGAGGCACCACAGGCCAUUGACAGUGAGCUCAAAGCAGCGCCAGAGGCCUAAGCCAGACAACUGAAACCACGCACAACCAAUCACCAUACAUCACCGUACACACACAUACAUACAUACACACACACACAUAUACUAUGGGCAACUUUGGUACUCUACAAACUCCAACUGUUACGUGCCUUGGCCAAAGCCAGGACGUGGGUUAAUACAUUUAGUUACUAACACAGUCACAGACAGAGAGCGUGCAUACAAUUUCCAACAUUUUCCGAAACACAUUAAUUAACAGCAUACAAAACAAAAAAAAAACGACAAGAAAAUCAUAAAAAAAAAUGCAUAAUAAAAAUAAACAUCAAACAAACAAACAAACAAACAUCUACAUAUACGUUCAUUCAUAAACAGACAAACAAACAUCUAUGCGUAACGUGACGUUCAUAAUCAUCAUGCAUCAUCAUUCAUUAUAUUCAUAACCAUAACAAUUGAAAAAGUAAAACAGAACAAUAAAAAAAAGUGAAUGUAAAAUGUAAAUUGA